AUGCAAUUAUUUGAUACCUCGGCUUUUUAUGAUGUGAUCAUUCGUGUGGGUCAAGGGGAUAACGUAAAAGAAUUUCCAGCGCAUUCACUUAUUCUUCGAACCAGGUCAUCUUGGUAUCAAAAUCAAUUGUCUAGCAAGAAGGUUAAGGCCGCAUAUGAUAAAAUUAUUCUUAGCAAUUCAAACAUUUCCCCUCCGAUAUUCGAUAUUAUUUUAAAUGGUAAAGUUGAUUUGCUGAAUUGUAGUGGGAAAGAAUGUUUUGAUCUCCUUUUUGCGGCGGAAGAAUUAAAAUUGUUUGAACUUUUAGAGCAUAUUCAAGAAAAUCUAAUUCACCGACAAACCGAAUGGAUGGAUCAAAAUUUCAUUAAUUAUCAUGAAAAGAUUUACAAUCAUGACUCUUUACAAAAACUUCAGAUUCAUUACACUUCAAAGAUUGCGUAUGACCCACUAUCAAUUUUUGAAUCCCAAACCAGCUUUUCCCCAAAUAUUUUGACAUCACUCGAUUAUUGCGAGUACAUUAAAUUAAACGAAGCAUUAUGGGGGUUUAUCGUUAAUUGGGCGAGAUUUCAAAUACCUAAAUUGGGAAAUCAAGUUUCGGGUUGGAAUAAAAAGGAUUGGAACGAGUUCAAGAUUACCUUAAGUCAAUGCAUUCCCUGGAACAGUAUCAUGUCAAUGAAUUGGAAUGAAUUUCAUGAUUUAUUGAUACCAUGUGAACCUUUUUUACCCGCCGAAAAAUUUGAUGUGGCAUUAAGGCAACAAUUGAAGAAUGCGUGUGGGUCGUCUACGGUGAUCUCAUCACCUAUUUCCACACAAUUUAAUAACACUAUACUUAAUAUCUGUCAUGCCACUUUACUUACAAGUUGGAUUGAUAGAAAAGAUGACAUCAUUUAUCGACCUGCGGAAAUCCCUUAUGAAUUUCGAUUGGUUUUACGAGGUCAACGUGACGGGUUCUCACCUGAUUUGUUUCAUCAACGUUGUGGAAACAUUCAAAGGACUGUGAUUGUAUUCAAGAUCAACAAUUCUACCGAAAUAUAUGGGGGGUAUAAUCCUCUUGAUUGGAAAUUUGAUCGCGCAACUAACGAUAGUUUUAUCUUUGAGUUUGAUAAUGGAAAAGCGGAUUUCGUUAGAUUGGGUAGAUUUGCCAUACAUAAAAAAUCUGGUAACGGUCCUUGCUUUGGUGAUGAUAACUUGUUGGCUUUUCCUAAUGGCAAACGAUCUAUUUAUUGGAAAUCUUCCAAUUCAAGUAAUUUGGUUUUUCAAGUGGUUGAUUAUGAAGUAUAUCAGAUCGUCGAUAAACUUCGUAAAUCUAAUGUUAAUGUUGCUUCUACUACUCACGUAUAUUCACAUAAGAAGAGAUGA